CGCACUUGUCUUGUGCCCCUUGUUUCAGGGAAUCAUGGACCUCCCCGGCGGGUGUGAGAGCGCCGGACACACUGUGACUGUUCCACACACUCGUGCUGCCAGAUCAGCCAAAAGCAAAGCUCCAGCUGUUCCGCCGCCGUCCAAGCGCUUGGAUGGUUCAGGGUUCUCCCGGAGACGCCUGGCGCUUCCACACACCGCCAUGGAGCAGAAGGAGAACGCUGUCGACCAGGAUCUGACCCUCGCUGUGGUCCUUCCAGGAGGGGUGGAGAAGAUGACCACAAUACAGGGAAGCCAGCCCAUGAUGGACUUGUUGGUCAUGCUCUGUGCAAAGUACCACCUGAACCCCUCCAGCCACACCAUUGAGCUUGUUUCAGCGAACAGGAACCACAUAAAGUUCAAGCCUAAUGCCCUGAUAGGCAGUCUGGAGGCAGAGAAGAUCCUAAUCAAACUGAAGGGAACGGAUGACAAAAACAAAAAGACGGGCCCUCAAAUGCCAGAGGCUACUGUGCGCCUGAUAAUAAACCACAAAAAGACCCAGAAGACCAUUCUGAGGGUAAACCCUCGAGUCCCUCUGGAGCAGCUCAUGCCUGCAGUUUGUGAGAAAUGUGAAUUUGAUCCGAAAACUACGGUCUUACUGAGAGAUGUCCAUUCUGACCAGCCUCUGGACUUGGCAAAGUCUCUCAAUGACUAUGGAUUAAGGGAGGUGUAUGCAAAGGACAAUAAAGGAGAGAGUCCUGCUAACUGCCCAGCAUCUCCACUCCACCAAGAAGGUAAAAGCCCACCUGGCAAAGAGAAAAUUGUGAAGGAGAAGGAAAACAGAGGAUUUUUCAGUAUAUUCCGCAGAAGUAAGAAGAAGAACGAUCAGGCGGUGACCUCGAGCGCCCCGGCUUCCCCUGUCUUAAACAAGCGGGCGUCGAGCAGCAUGGCCCCACAGAGCAGACAAGCCCCUGGCUACUGCUCCAACACAAUGCCCUCUGAGGGGUCUAAGAAGAGACGAGCGCCGCUGCCCCCUGUCAUGGCGUCUCUCAGCUUCCCAUCCGACCUCAAUCGGAACCAGAGCGGUACUCAGUCCGGGGCUAUGAUCGAAGGGGAGCAGGUGAAGCCGGCGCUGAGUCGAGGCUCCUCGGAGUCUUCGCUGAAAAGGACGAAGCGGAAGGCUCCUCUACCGCCCGGUACCGUCUCGCAGGAUGAAAUGCCACCGGAGAGGACUGUUCAAGGUACUGGGAAAUUUUUCAUUCACGAUGAAGUGCAGGUAGCAGUGCGUGAUAAUAUCAAGUUACAAGAGAACAGAAGUUUCCCUUGGAGGGGCACCAGUUACACUGUAGGAGUAACACCCCUGAACACCCUGGAGGAGAUCACAGAGCCGGAGGAGAACAUCUGUGCUCCUGCCUUGAACUCCAGCACCGCGAGUGGGGACCAGGAUGUUGACGUCUCGGAGGAUCCUCGCCUCGACAUCGAGGGGCGGAGCUCCGUGCUGUUGGAAGAAGCAGGGAAGGAUCAGCCUAGUGGUCUGUCCACUGAUGGCAAACCAGCCCAGGAUGAUGUGAGCUGCAAGGAACAUCCCAGGGAAACUCUGGACACUGUAGGAACUGGUCUGAACUUUGAACAUUCUGAUGUUGAUUCAAGCCUUUCUGAGGGCAAGCACGCACAGGCAGGUGGUUCGGGAGAAGCGGCUCGGACAUUGAACGUAGAAGAGCAGAAGCUCGGUGCUGGGGUCCCCCUGAAGCCCGCAGCACUGUCUGUCAUGCAGGACUCUGCAGUUCAGGCUUCCCUUGGUCUGCAAGUGGACCCAGUGAGUGAAGAGCAGCCAGAGAGCAUGGGCACACCAGUGGGAAGCCCAGUGCUCACCUCUCUUGGAGUACAGGUGUCCUGUGAUCGCUCGCCACCUGUGGAUUGUCCUGCGCCUGAGCCGUCCUCCUUGAACCCAGCCCGUCUGAGGAAGGACAUGGCCACAUCCACAGAGGAGUUCAGCUCUGGGAAGGCUGUGCCUGUGACACAUCAGCCAGCAGUGGCGCAAGCUCUUGCUGUAGCUUCUGUCAAAGAGUCAGAGUUGAGGCCAAAGCCCUCCGACGAGUUGACCAGGGACUACACGCCAAAGGUUGGACUGACCACCUACACCAUCAUGCCCUUAAAGUCCCGGGAAAAACUUAAGUUCUUCGAAGUAGAGUUGACUCUGGAGGCUCCCAGUAUGAACACCCAUCACGACCGUUCAGCAGGUUCUCCUGAACUUGCAGGAUGUCCCUCACCAAACAGUGGACCUCAGGUCUCAGCAAGUCCCUCUGGACUCCAUAGUCGUUCCUUCUUCCAAACUCCUCCGAUGAGUAAUGGUGCUGUGAUCAGUAAUGGAGCUCAUUGCAGCAGCACAGCCUCGCUCCACUCUUAUGGAAUUCCUCAAGGAGAUGGAAGCUCCAGCGAAUCACCUUCUCCUUCUGGUGGAGGUGUUCAGGCAUAUUCAACGCUGCAGGGCAACCAGAAGAAAAUUCCACCAGCAGUCAAACCUAAGCCAGGCUCUUUUCGCUCACCACAACACAAACAUGCACCAGGGAGUUAUGUAACCUCAGCAGCUGAGAAGGACAUGAGUGACAACACUGCCUGUGGACAGAAGGACCAUCAUGGAAGAUCUCCUGUAGAGUCACCUCUAGAGGUACCUGGGGACAAUGGCUUUCCCCUUCCCCCAUCACCAGUGUGCUUUGAAAAGGCACCAGGUGAGAUCCCUCUGGUUUCAAGGACAUCAGGAGCCACGCUGCCCAAGCUUACACGGCAGUGGAGCGUUCCGGUCAAGGAGAUGCCAGCAGGGCUUGGCGUGGACAAGCUGCGGUGCUUCGCAGCCCCCAAGCCUUAUGCUGCUCCUGCUCCGUCGCGCUUCGCCCAGGCCGUGGCUUCGGCAGUCAGGAGGUCGCGGUCCUUCACGCGGGGCUCCAGCUCCUCCUCCCGCACCUCCGGUACCGGACGAUACUCCGUCAUCGAGCUGAGGGAGCCCUCAAGUGACAUGGAGACUUUCAGUUCAGGAACGAAGGCAACUGAAUUGCAGGAAGCAGAAUAUCCUGGCAGUGCCCGGGAUGGCAACAUACCUGGAAGCGUCCUAGAUGAUGUUAGAAGCCACAGCUUGUAUGGAAGCGCUAUGUUGUGCGGAGACCCAUGUGCAGUGCCUGAAACUUUGCCUGCGCCAGUUGUGAAUGGAAGUUCCGUGCAGGCUGAGCCACUGGGAUAGAGAUUUAUUGCCUGAUAAUUGCCAUAAGGAAGCUGCCAACUAUGUUCUAUCCAGUGACUCGCCCAAGUGGAAUAAAUGUUGAAAUGAGAUUCCUGGCCAGCUUUUGAGAACUUUUUUUGUGUAUAUGUAUUUUGUUUUUAUUUGUACAAUAUUGUUGCAAUAUGUUCAUUACUUGAUGAGUCACUGGUUUCAUAAUUGUAUUUUUGUUGAAAGGCCUGCCUUAUGCUGGGUAACGUAUUUUCAGGUUAAAUUAUUAGCAUAAAAUUUAAGUUGUAAUUUUUAUUCGUAAGAAAUGUAUAUUUAGAGAUUUAAAAUGGUCCUUCUAGGCUGAUAUGAAUUCUGUUUAUUAAUAAAUCUUUAUGAUCAGAUUGUUUUACUCUAGUUUCCAUUUUUGAUUUCCCCCACCCCAGACAACACCAUACA